UAAUCCUCUUACAUCCAUACCCUUAGAGAAAAAAAUUUUUGGCGCCAUGGAUUGGGAUCCCGAUCUCGAUUGUGACGAUUGCGGAGGUCCUGGCCCUCCGCCGGAAUUUUUAAUUCCUCCCCCGCCGAGACCUCCAUUCAUGCACGAGCUAAUUACGUGCACGGAGGAUUCCGUUAUGCCAGAUGUUGAAAUGUGCGAAGCCAUACCGACAAUCGAUGCUAGUUACGUGAGCGGUCCGUCGUUCCAAACGUCAGCCAUAGUAUUGUUAAUCACCGUUUUAUUAGUCUUCAUCAUCCUGAUAACAUCGUUAUUUUUAUGGAAACACAAACGAAAAGUGCAAAAUUUCUUACCCUGCAAGACACCAACCCGAGGUCCUUUGGAUGGCACGACAGUAUCUCCGCACGGGCUGGGAGUGACGUACGAAGAUCCCGAUGCACAUUUGGGACAUCGACCUCUCGUUAUGCGACAUCAUCAUCCGAAUAUGGAGAUGCUCCAUCCGAAAGCUCUUCACUAUCCAAGCGGUUUCCCGAUGCCACGUUCUCCGCCAUUAUUCAUAUGUUCCUCGCCGGGACCUGAUCCCUACAGAUCGCACGAUAAUGUCUACGAAGAACUCGAACAUCGCCCCGAUUCAGAUUCGGAAAGAGCGCAUCACUCCGACGACGAAUUUGCGGAAGAUGAGUUGAGUCUUCCGGGCGAACGUUCCUUUCAAAAAUCAUCGCCAGAUGGCACUACAGUAGCGACGAUCUAUCAAGAACGGAGUACCGGAAGUAGUAGCAAUGGCGCGGGAAGUAGUAACGAAGUGCCCGUUGAACCCUAUACGAUUGAGAGAAAUCGCACGGAACGGAAUUCGUUGCUGUCGUCGAGUUCGUCGGGCACGAAUAAUGACAAUCAAUCGCGUGCGGUUCGAAACUCAAAUUCAAGUUCAGACUGUGGUGUCAAUAAUAGCAAUAAUAGCGGGCUAUUUCGAUGUAGUCGGAAUAGCAACAAUAACCUUAGCAAUAAGAAUAGUAGCAUAAGUAGGCAAAAAUUACCAAAUACUUUCGGAAAUGGCGGCGCGCAUGUUGAAAGUGAUCCAACGUCGCCCGUUAUUUUGGCGGGAAGUGACAUUCCGCCCGCCAUUUACGACGACAGGAGCUUAAUGUCGCUGCCGCCGUCGUAUAGCAGCGGAUCAGUCAAUAACAACGCGAAUGUACAUAGUAAUAAUAAUAGUACCAUUGUGAAUACUGUGAAUAAUGUAAAUAACAAUCACGCCAAUAACUUCUAUGGACCAGUAGAUGAUCGCGAAUUAAGUGAAGUAGAGCGUCGUAAUCGUAUCAAUAGUCAAUUGUCGAAUCAUCCGGUUGCGACAAUUUUCCGCGGAGAUCGCCCGCGUGCCCUGCAUCAUCAUCACAUGAACUCUUCCAAUCGUAGUCGAACGAAUCCCCGAUCUUUAGAUCGCAGGAGAUUCGCAACGCCCCCUAUCGGCGAUCCAAACUACUUGUAUCAAGAACCCGUUUAUCAUCAUGAUGGCUCGAUGUUGUACGAUGGAUGUCUGUCGCAUGCUACAUAUUCGACGCCAUACCAAAUUAUCCCGGAAUUUAGUACGUUUAGACAUCCGUCGCAGAUGGCGGCAUCAGCAACUAUUAAUCCUAAUGGACAACCAAUGGCUGUGUAUUCGCGAGACUCGAGUUUCGGUUCUGACUCGGGAUACAGUCACAACACACAAAACUCCAACCGAAGCAAUAAUACGAAUAAUGUGAUGAUGCCAAAUAGUGCGCAACAAGGACCGCCGCAGCAGCAGCAACAAACGAACAGUUGGUGGAAUAGAAGUCGAAGUAAAGGACGAGGAAACAACCGAGGCACGACACUCUCUUCACUGAAUCGCGAUUCUUGA